GAUGACGAUUCUGUGCACUUCCCUGAUCAACUGAAAGCCUUCGACGCGAUGAAGUUCAAGAAACUUGUCAUGAAAGUGCUUAUGCACAAGUCUAAGGCCGACCGCGUAUCGUCAGUGUCGUCUCCCAUUCCUUCACACAGUGAUGUAUCUUCCGUCAACCCGAUCCCCCCAGAACCGUUACCCCCCAUCCAUCAGCUGCCGAUGGAACUUCUACAGGUCAUAUUCUUGCUUAUCGUCAACGACGACACAUAUUCUCCUAAUAUUUUCUCAACUGGAAGAAAUUCCACGUGGGCAAAUUUUUCCAGCCCGCCUCUACUCUUCACUUGCGUGUGCCGUCGUUGGCGAGACGUCGCACAUUUAACGCCAGGGAUCUGGUCGCGUAUCAGUGUUAUCCUUCCCAGGCUACUCGUUGAACCCUCUAGUCCACUCCUUCCAAAUCUCCUCCAAUCUUGGCUUGACCGGUCUGCCAGCCAUCCUCUCACUAUUCACGUGCAAGGCCCUUCCUCCCAAAGUGAUAUUGACUAUUACGUUGAUCCCUCGAGUGCCAAUUCUCGACUCCUUGAGAUCCUUAUGGCUGAGAUGGGACGUUGGGAAAUAUUGUUUGGCGCGUCAGACCUCUUCGAUCGGAGAGACACCUUUGAUACACCCCAGUUGAAAAUGCUGGAGUGUACCUCGCCAUAUGUCCCCAAAGUCAAUGCACCAAAUCUCCAUCGCCUUCGUAUCGUCGAUCAAUUGUUGGCUGCCGUCCAGUUCACAUCUAAUCCUACCUGUACAAACAUACGCCAUCUCUACCUCCGCAAUGCCUCCGCCGGUGCCAUACGCUCCUUCUCAGCCAUUUUCCCUCGUUUGGAGACCCUCGUAGUCGAUGAACUUGCGCCACAGUUUGGCGAUAUCAGUCGUUCGGACACGUUUCCAUGCCUUGAAACAAUGACGCUCCCCAUGUAUCAUCAUUAUCAUGGGGACGCGUUUAUCGAUAUAUUCAUUGGACUUCGUGUUCCCAUGUUGCAGAAAUUGAACGUGGAGGGGAAACCGGCGACAAAAGAAGUUGAGAGUGUUAUGAUGGCGCUUGCAGGAGCAGCGUCUCGCACUAUACGAGCGGUUGACUUUGUGCCGACUAUGCGGUAUGACAAGGUUGAAGAGAUUACCGUUCAGCCGUUGCUCUUGGUAGUGCGGGAGGUUGCCGUCCGUGGGGAAGUGAUAGUACGCAGGGAGGUAAUUGCGCCCUUCAGGGGAAUCGGACUAAUAUGAGUUCGUCAUGUAUUUUGUUACGCGUUGAUCUGUGUAGAGAAGUAUCUACUGGCCUGUAGCAGCCGCAAAGAUUGUACAUACAUAGUUUGAUUUUGAUCCAAUCGAAGCGCUAUAUUUAUUACAAUUAU